AUGGCCGAACGAGAGCAACCCUACGACCCUUACAUUCCCACUGGGGGACAAGAAGGUGCACAACCUGCUGGAAAUCAGAGAACAGCUGCCUUGCAAGCGCAAAUCGAUGACACCGUCGGUGUCAUGCGUGAAAACAUCAACAAAGUGUCACAAAGAGGCGAGCGACUAGACUCUCUACAAGACAAGACCGAUAAUCUUGCUGUUUCUGCGCAAGGCUUCAGAAGAGGGGCCAACCGUGUCCGGAAACAAAUGUGGUGGAAGGAUAUGAAGAUGCGCAUGUGCUUGAUUGUUGGUAUUAUUGUUUUGCUCAUCGUCAUCAUUGUCCCAGCUGUCGUUGCUACCAGACACUAA